AUGUGUUCGCCUCAGGCUCGUGCCGGUCAAUGUCCCCUGAAGACUGUACUCGAUUUCACUCGAGCCUACACUGGUGAAGAAAGCUACAGCGUGUGGUCAGUUCUAGCCCAGGGACUGGGUUCUGUUCGCGUCCUCCUCCAAGAGAUGGCAUACAAGGCCGGCGAUGAGGUUGUCUUCUCUGAACUCUCACCGGAGGAGGUUGGUCUCAAUAACCUCUACACCCAAUUGGCCUUGCCUGUUUACGAGAAACUUGGCAUGUACUACUGCGAGAAAGGCUUCCAAAAUUCCUACUUUAAAAUGCCUAACUGGAUUCAAACACCGAAGCAUAAAACCGACCCUCCUCAAGAAGUCUCUCUCUUUUUCCUAGGUUUUGACCCUAAACCAGAAGACAGCAACAAUGAUAGCCUCCUCCGGCCGAUAAUCCUGGAGGUUCUCGGUCGUGCU